AUACUUAAUGAGAUCCAGAGGGAAGAAAAAUCAAUAUUUUUAAAAUUUUAACCGGUAUACGCACACGGGGAGCCCGAAUGCGAUUAUGUUACGUAGGCGAGAGAGUGGAGGUCCACGGGGAGGUCAGUGCGUGCUGGUGGACAGCAAGGACGUCAGUAGUUCACUCUAAUCACGCUGAGGCUCAUAUUGUUCAAUUGUUUCAUCUAUUCAAAUGCAACGUGUUGUCCCAUGACAACGACGCGAACGAACUCAUUCAGUUCCAUUGCCUUUAGUGAGUCUUUAAGAUAAGUUGCGCAUCUUUAAGCUAGUGUGUCUAAUUGACUUGUGUUUUACUUUACUUGAUGCCACAUAAUUAACUAUGGCUGAUAAGUGUUUAAUUUGCGAGGAUGAUGUUGACAGUGAUUUAUGUCAAGUGGGAAAAAAAGGAAUAAUUGUUGGAUAGCAACAGGAAAAAUAGGAACGUCAGAUAUAAAACUUGUCAGUGUAUUGAACCAUUAUCAUUAUAGUAAAUAUUAAUUGUGUAUAUCAAAGCCUAUAAUUAUUGUUCACCCGUACUACAGGCAAGUAUACAACAAAUUGGCGACGAGGAUUAUUGGUGUAGCACUUCGCAUUACAGUUGCAGAUAUUUUUUUCGAAUUAAAUUUACACGAAAGAAAACAUGGCAUCGGAAAAAGUUUAUGAAGCAUUAGUGGAUCUCUUGCAUCAACAAGAUCGUAGACUUCAACUGUUGGAGCACACAUUGAAGGAAACCGUAUCUACCAAUCCAUCAUCAGUGUCCAACAGUAGUGAAUUGAUCAUCGAGGCUUUGGCAAACAGCAUAAAGGAAUUUUCAUACGAUCCAGAAGACCACAACACGUUUGACAAGUGGUACAAUCGAUAUGAAGACACCUUUAUCGCAGCCAAGACUCAAAUCAAUGAGGAUGCACAAAUCAGACUUCUGUUGCGGAAACUCGAUCAUCCAUCUCAUACAAAAUAUGUCAACUAUAUACUGCCCCGUACAGUGAAAGAUUUCAACUUCGAAGAGACCGUGAAGAAACUCAAGGCGAUAUUAUGUCCACAGACAUCAAUUUUCAACCGACGUUUCAAUUGUCUUCAAAUGAAGAAGAAAGAUUCAGACGAUUUUGUAACAUAUGCAGGGAAAGUGAAUCGAAACAUAGAAGACUUCAUUUUCUCCGAGCUGGGUGUCGAACAAUUUAAAUGUUUAAUCUUUAUAUCAGGACUUCAAUCACACAAGGACAGUGACAUCCGUGCUAGAUUAUUACGUAGAUUAGAUACUCACACUACCGAAAAUCCUAUUGAGCUACAUCAUUUGGUUCAGGAGUGCCAGAAGAUGAUUGCAUUGAAACAAGAUACGGCACUGGUAGAAAACAAAAAUCCAGUUGUCUCUAAGGUAGAAUACAAGAAACAUCCGCAUCCACGUAAUAACAAUAAGCAACCAACUGCGACGGAUUUACCGAAAUAUCCAUGUUGGAAAUGUGGUGGAAUGCAUUUUGUGAAAUCGUGUGAAUUUAUCAAACACACAUGCACGGAUUGUAAGGGUGUAGGCCAUAAGGAAGGUUAUUGCAAGAGCGGUAAACAGAACAAUUCUCAGCAGGGGUAUAAAUCGAAUCCCAAAGCAGGGAAAGGCAAAUCUGUCGCUCAAACCAAACACGUAAGCAUUCCCAAUGUUCAUAAAGUGAAUUUCCAACAUAAAAGAAAGUAUGCUACCGUACAUAUUAAUGGUAAAAUGACGAAGCUUCAAUUGGAUACCGCAUCAGAUAUCACCAUUAUAUCAUCAGAUAUUUGGAAACAAAUUGAUGUACCAAUAACUGAACACACGUCAUUUCAAGCGAAAAAUGCAUCAGGAGAUCCUCUAGAGAUAAUUGGCAGUUUCUAUUGUGACAUAACUCUCAACGAGAUCACAAAGAAAGGCAAAUGCUAUGUCACUUCUAUUCCUGAACUCAAUUUGCUUGGUAUCGAUUGGAUGGAUUUAUUCGAUCUCUGGUCUCAGCCAUUAAAUACUGUAUGCAGUGCAGUAACAACAGAUGAGGAAGUUCCUCAUGAGUAUAUCAACAUAUUGGCUCAACAGUUCCCAGACGUAUUUUCAAAGCAGCUUGGCCUCUGCACAAAAACCAAAGUUAAAUUACAUGUCCUGCCAAGAACAAAGCCAACUUACAUAUCUAAACGACCUGUAUCUUAUUCAGCAUUGCCAUUAGUAGAUCAGGAAUUAAAACGUUUAGAAGAAAUGAACAUCAUUGAAAAGGUGGAAUAUUCACUCUGGGCGACACCGAUUGUCGUUGUACACAAAUCAAAUGGAAAAAUCCGAAUAUGUGCAGAUUAUUCCACGGGCUUAAAUACAGCACUCCAACCUAAUAGUCAUCCACUGCCACUUCCAGAAGACAUAUUCGCAUCAUUAACCGGAAACAAAUAUUUCUCCGUUAUUGACUUGUCGGAAGCGUAUUUUCAAUUGGCUGUAGAUGAAGAAUCGCAAGAACUUCUUACCAUUAAUACACAUCGCGGCCUAUACAAAUUUAAAAGGUUACCUUUUGGAGUCAAAACAGCGCCUGGUGUUUUUCAAAAUAUUAUUGACGCAAUGAUUGGUGAUUUACCAUUCGUCCAAUCAUAUUUAGACGAUUUAAUUAUCUUCAGUAAAAAUGUUACUGACCAUAAAUAUCAUCUAACAAAAAUAAUGAGCAGAAUCCAACAAUAUGGAUUCACUCUUCAAACACAGAAGUGUCAACUGUUCACAUCGGAAGUAAAAUUUCUAGGUCAAAUUAUCAGUGAACACGGUUUGAAACCAGACCCCAAUAAGAUUGACUGCAUCAGAAGAAUGCCUAUACCUACCAACAUCAGUGAGCUACGUUCAUUUCUGGGUGCUAUAAAUUUUUAUGGUAAAUUUAUUCAUAAAAUGAGCCAACUCAGAGGCCCACUUGACGUUCUACUCAAGAAGAACACUACAUGGUAUUGGACUCCGGAUCAACAAUCGGCAUUCGAUAAACUGAAGGAAGUAUUACAGAGUGAUCUUCUACUCACUCACUAUGAUCCGUUACUUCCAAUAAUAGUUGCAGCAGAUGCCAGCAAUCAAGGGAUUGGUGCUGUGAUUAUGCACGAACUCCCCAACAAGAGUCGAAAAGCAAUAUUUCAUUCUUCUCGUACACUGACAGAAACUGAGAAGAAAUACAGCCAAAUUGAAAAAGAAGCACUUGGUCUCAUUUAUGCAGUUACCAAAUUUCACAAAUACAUAUUUGGUCGUCAUUUCACAUUGGAGACUGAUCACAAGCCGCUUCUACAUAUCUUUGGAAAUAAGAAGGGUAUACCGAUCUACACUGCAAAUAGAUUACAGAGAUGGGCGUGUACGUUACUUCUUUACGAUUUCGACAUAACAUACAUUAAUACUGAUUCAUUUGGCUAUGCAGAUUUUUUAUCACGACUCAUCGAUUCUCAACCAAGAUCUGAAGAAGAUUCCGUCAUCGCUUCAGUAUACACAGAAAUCGUUAUCAACAGCAUUCAGACGAAUACUGUCACUUACCUUCCAGUGUUAUUCAAUGAAAUCGAACAGGAAUCCAAAAAUGAUUCUAAUAUCACGACAGUCAUUGAAUACAUGAGUUCGGGCUGGCCAUCUAACAAGAAGGAAAUUAGUACUGACCUUCUACCAUUUUUUAACAGGAAAGACGAAUUAUCCGUAGUUCGUAACACCUUGAUGCUUGGAGAAAGAGUGGUGAUUCCUACUUAUUCGUGAAGCACCAGGGUAUCUCAGCGACUAUGUGCUUUUCUAAGAAAAGGGGGUGUUGGAUAGCAACAGGAAAAAUAGGAACGUCAGAUAUAAAACUUGUCAGUGUAUUGAACCAUUAUCAUUAUAGUAAAUAUUAAUUGUGUAUAUCAAAGCCUAUAAUUAUUGUUCACCCGUACUA